AUGAGUUUCGUUUCUUGUUGGCGAGCCGGCGCACCCGGCGCGGCACUUGAGGUCGGAGGCGAGGCGAGUCUAGCAGAUCUGCGUGUUGCGGGCGGGCGUUUCUGGGCCUUAUUUGCUGCAGCUUCGCAGCAGCAAAUAAGGGGAGCGUUUGGGGUAUUUGCACUGCGGAAACUGGGCGCGCUGCUGCCGCCGCUGCAGCAGCAGCAGCAGCAGCAGCAGCAGCAGCAGCAGGGGAGGAGGUGGUGGGUCUGCUGCGUGUUCUGCGCGUCGCGCGUUAGCGAAGUUGCUGCAGGAGUUUCGAGUCGUUGUAAACAGCGAAUUGGGGCAGAAAGCGUGCGGAGCGGCGCAGCAGCAGCGGCGCUGCAGCGGCGCAGCAGCAGCGCUGCAGCAGCAGCAGCAGCGGAGCAGCAGCAGGGGCAUGCAGCAGCAGCACCCCGGGCGGUGCGGGGCGGCGGGCGUGGGCGGCGGCUGGGGGCGCGCGGCGGCGGCGAGCAGAGGUGUGUUUGGGCAUCGGGCGAACGAAAAGCGCAGGCGGGAAGCGAAAGACGGUGUGCUGCAGCGCAGCAGCAGCAGCAGCAGCGCAGCAGCAGCAGCAGCAGCAGCAGCAGCAGCGUCGUCGUCUUGGGCGUUCGCGUGGCGUCUCAGCAGCACCAUCCUCCUCCUCCUUUCCGGAGCCUUUCCGGCUCUGUCCUGGCGUCGGGCCGCCGCGCGUUGCAGCGGCCGCCCUCCCCCCUCCCCCGCUCGGCGCAGCAAACCCUAAACCCUAAAUUAGGGUUUAUGGAGAAGUACCGGCGGGUGCGGCCCGCCCGCGAACCCCUCGGCUGCGACGAAGUCCGCGUCACCGCCAUGGGCCGCGUCUUCAGCUACGUGGCCUACGCCGCCGCGCUGCUCGAAGACCACCGCCGCCGCCAACUGACCAUCAAGGCCUCCGGCAACGCCAUUGGUCAGGCCAUCGCUCUGGCGGAGCAGCUGAAGCGCCGCUACCGGGGGCUGCACCAGCAGAACACUUGCGGGAACACGACAGUGUCUUUGGUUUACGAGCCUCUUGAGGAGGGUUUGGACACAGUGACGGACAAGAAGACAGUGGCUUUUCUGGAAAUAAAACUGUCUUUUGACCCGCUCGAUGUGGAGGCCCCGGGCUAUCAGCCCCCGCUGGAUGAUGCGGCGUUCGAGGAGUUCAAACUCAACAACGCAGCAGCAGCCACUGGUGCGGAAGGAGGGGGUUGGGAGG